AUCGUUGGCAUUAUAUUAUUGUCUUUGACAGGAAUGCCUCUUUAUCAAAGGAAGCAAAUUCCUCUAAUUCCCGCACCAAAGCUAGAUGUUUCCGAACAUGGUGAUCGCAACGUUUGGGUAAUUCCGGAUUAUUUGGCACGUAUUGCACUUUAUAACAGACCUAUUUGGCAAUGUGCGUUAACGGGUAAACAAGGUCUUACCUACAAAGAAGCGCUUGAUAGUGAGAACACGCAUAGAGAAGCUUUGCAAGAAAAGUUCCCAGAGGGUUUGAAACGUCAAAUAUUGGAGUUUGUUCAAUUUCGUGGAAUAUUUGAAAAGCAUAAAGACCAAUUUGCACUUGGUGAAAUUGUAUACGUAGUAUCAGACGGGAAAAAACUCAAGGCAAAGAUAGCAGAUGUCAAAUUUGAUGACACGAACGAGGAAAUGAGCUCUUCCGGGGUGAAGGCAAGUAGCUCUAAGUCUCGCAAAGCCGUGUCUUCGCAAAUUACCUAUCGUGUACAAAUGUUAGACGAUAGCGGAAACGCAUUGAGGCAAAAAAGCAAUAAGAAGUAUAUAACGAGGACCUUUAAUGGUGGCGAAGCUAUGAGCCGCGUGGACAAACUAUCGUUCACCAAGACUCUUAUUCGUCAGUUCAUUAAAGAGUCUGCAUCCAAAGGUACUUAUGUCCGUGCUCCGUGGUUAGUCGAGAAAAGAUUAGCAAAAAAAUACGGAGUGUCGACUAAGCUACCGGAAGAUUUACAGCGAGCCAAAGAUGAGGCUAUAGAAAAAAGCAAGAAACGAAAGGAUUCAUUUAAUAAAAGUUUUACACCUUUACAAUUAAAGCUCGCGUCACGUGAUACACCUGCAAAGAAAUCAAAGAAUAAUAAAGGAACUAGCAAUAGCGUACGAGAUUCAAAAAAACAAGAUUCUACCUCCGUAAGUAAGAAGGUCACAUCCAAGAAACAAGGCAAUCAGAAGUCUUCUUCUAAGAAGCAGGCAUCAAAGAAACAAACUGGUAAAUCUGCAGCGGAAAAGGCAAAACAAGAAAAGAAAAAGCAACAGGAACUUGAAAAGAAACGCAAAGAAGCUGAGCGACAAGCGGAAAGAGACAAGAAGCUGAAGGAAAAGGAAGAACAAAAACGUUUAAAGGCUGAAGCAAAGAAAAUUAAGUACCCCAUAGAAGAUCUGGAAGUUCCACUUGAUAAAACUUUGCUUCCAAAGAGACCUUUACUGAGUCAAGAGUUUAAAGUUCCUCAAAAGUCUGUAGGAACUUUGUUAAUGAUUUGGAAUUUUCUAUCAAUAUUUGGGAAGCCGCUGGGCUUGUCAUUUUGUACACUCGAUGAUUUUGAAACAUCGCUUUGCCAUAAUAUGUCAAAUCUUCGAUGUUACUUAGUAAUUGAAACGCACGUAGCAUUACUAAAUGCAAUCGUAAAAGAUCAAUUGUUUUUCAAAGGCAAAAAACGUCAAAUGACUUCCCGUAAUACCACUGCUAGAGAUAUAAAAAACGAAUCCGAUAGUGAUCCACAAACGGAUCAAGCUAAUGAUGAAAGUAUAUCAGGUUCAACUCAAGAAAUUUUAACCGAAUUAGGGAAAAGAUGGGAUAAGAGAAUCAUAUCUCCUGGUGAUGGUCGAAGAGGUUGGGAAGGUGUUCUUAUUGGGUGUAUUCAACAGUUGGGUACAUAUGAAUCUAUUCCAAAUUUGGACAACAUACUCUUACAUUUAGUGCCUAAUGAUCAAGCUGAUUCUGAUGAAGACUUUGAAGAAAAUUACGUGACCCUUGAAAUACCAGAUAAAUUGCAAAUAUUGAAUUUCUUAGUCAACCUUACGACAAAAACUACCACAAUUCAUGAUUACAUCGAUAGAUGUUCAGAAAAAUUAGCAGAGCUCAACAAAGAAAAAAACGACCUUAUCAAAGAGAAACGGCAACUUUUAUGCUCGUUUGCAGAAAUCUCGAAGGGCAAUCUCCCAUCAACAUCCAAAGCAAACACUCUGAAUAAUGCUGGAAACGUAGUAGGCAGUCCUGUAGGUGAUAGUUCGGAUGCAUUGAAUGCCAGAAAACGUAAAUUAGAAGAAGAGGAAAUCGCAAUACAGAAAAGGGAGGAACAAAUUGAAAAGGACAAACGAAAAUACGCAUUGCCACGGAUCUUACCCCUGGGACGUGAUCGCUUCUAUAAUAAAUAUUAUUAUACUGAUUGCAUAGGUGCUGCAGUCGGUGAAAAAUAUGGAACAGGAAGAAUUUUUGUAGAGACUCCAAGCACUUAUGACUUACAAAUAAUGACUGAGAAGGAAGAACAACGUUUUAAUAAGAGACGAAAGGUUGAAGAAGUGUCUUUCGGCUCAGACUCUGACAAUCAAACGAGAUGGGGUUAUUACGAAGAAAUAAGUCAGGUUGAAGAGUUAAGACAAUGGCUCAAUACCAAAGGAAUAAGGGAAUCAGCGCUGAGUAACGAAUUGAUGGCACGUUAUCAAGAUAUUUCAUUAAGCAUGAAUAAACGACAACAGGAUAUGUCCGUUUCAUAUUCAUCUCAAGAAGUACGAAGAAGUCGACGUACUCAAGCAACACUUGCAACGCUAUCGGCACAGCCAUACAUGAAAUGGACAAAUAAAUUAGUUAAAUAG